GUGUUCAUUAAUUCAAUUCAAAAUCUAUAUAAACAUAAGUAGCUUAGGAACAAGUAUAAACAAAAGGAUUAUUGUGUAUAAUAAUGGUUUAUCAAAUGAAAUGUUAAAUAAAAACAGGUUUGAGAACUAUAUAUUAUAGAUAAUUUAAUGUCUUUACCAAGAGAUUAAAAUCAGGUUCUGCUUUUUUUUUCUUUCUUUCUGGAGAAGAAAAAUUAUAAGUACUGUAUAAGUAAUUCUUCCCUUCAUAAACGAUUAAAAUGUUUUUUAAUACAUAUUCUUUAAUUAUUUUAAAAAUAUUUAAGACUGAGAGUAUUAUGCUGUUUUAAACAAUUUAUAUAAUUGCAUAUUUUAUUUAAUUUUUAAUAUAUUUUCUGCCUAACUUAUGAACGUAAUUUAUUUGAUAUUAUUUAUAAAUAGAAAUGUCUCUUACUACAUCUGGUAAGGAAGAAAAUAUUCUGAAUUAUUUGGAUUUAAAAUUAAAUUAUGUAAUAUAAGUCAUGCUAGGAGCUUGAACUUGUGGUCAAACAGUUCAUGAAUUGUAGUCAAAAUAUCUAUAUACUUAUCUUAUGAGUGAGCAUCUUUUAUAAUGAACUGAAAAUUCUUGUAAUGUUUUAAUACAUGUGUAAGCUGAAAUAGAACUUUUAUAUUAAAAAAUCUUGAUCAUGCAUCAUAGGUAUAUUAGUUAUGGUACUAUUAGGUACUUUAAUGUGGAUCUACUUGUCUACUUGUUCCUUUUCUGUAAAACAGGAGAUAAAGAAAAGCAGAAAGUAAAAUUAGCUAUGUUUUUCUAUAAAAUAUUUUAUGCAAUUAUGAUUUUUCUUUAAGAAACAUUAUUAUUUUGAAAAUAAAGCUCUAUUAAUAAAAUUCAAAUUGGAAAGCUUAUGAUGAUUUAAUUUUAAGAUAAUCAAUUAAGUCUGGUGUAAUAGACAAGGAUAUAUCUCUGGCUUAUUUUGUAUCUUUGAUUAUAAAUUCUAAUAAUAUAUGUCAUCUCUCAAAAACAGAAUAAAUGUCUUCAGCAAUGAAAAAGAAAGUCAUUUAGCAACUGCUAAAAAUCAUUUUAAAUUCUUCCCAGUUAAUUUCAUUAUUAUUCCUUGCUAAUAUGAAUUCUAUCAAUCUAGAGAAACCUUUCCAAUUGCAUGACCUUGCACUGUCUAUUCUAUAUAAUAAUUAGUGCUUUCAUUGCAAUUUCUCUACCACUUUAAAUUACUUUCAUUGCAGUUUCUCUACCACUUUAAAUUACUUUUGUGUGCAUUUCUGGACUAAUUUCCUGCAAUUUUCUUAAUUUUUUUUUUCAAUCACAUUAAAACAAAUUUCUACUGUGUGCUAUCAUUUUUGCAUCUUGUCUUUUCAGUAAGCAAAAUCCCUUUCAACCUAUAAUCAAUAAUUUUUCUAAAUUUAACACCACUCUCUGUACCUCUUUGCCUUUAUCCUUUUUCAGUUCUAGAUUCUCUUUCUACAUUGCAACCAGUAUCUGGAUAUGCAACGAGGUACCUUGUUACUCUUCAAGUUCCUUGAUGUGUCUUAUCUCUUGGCAACUAUGUACAGUACUUACAGUAUGCAGUAUGCAAAGGUUUUCUUCCCUAUGGGGCUAUUUUAUGCACAAACCAAUGCUUGAUUUUCCAAGUUGUUAGCAGAUUCUAAUAUCAAUCAAUAGAUCAUUUGUUGAAGUUGGAGGCUAUGAUGGAUUAAGAGAGAAAUAUAUGGAAGCUAUUCCUACAAAACUGAUUCCUAAUGCCACUUGUGGAAUUCCUAAAUCUAAUUCAUGGCAAAUGUUACGUCCAUAUAAUGAUCCAGAAAUGCCAUGGCUAGGAUUUUUACUAGGUCAGACUCCGGCAUCAAUUUGGUAUUGGUGUGCUGAUCAGAUGAUGGUUCAACGAAUGUUAGCAGCCAAGUCUUUGUCACAUGCACAAGGUGGCACAUUAUUUGCUGGAUACUUGAAGAUAUUUCCUUUAUUUAUCAUUGUCAUGCCUGGUAUGAUUAGCAGAGUUCUUUACACAGAUGAAGUAGGAUGUGUGGAUCCAAAGGAAUGCUAUAAAUAUUGCCAAAAUGAAGUUAGUUGUUCUAAUACUGCUUAUCCACGUUUGGUAUUGGAGAUAAUGCCUUCUGGGUUACGUGGAUUAAUGAUGGCAGUUAUGAUAGCUGCACUAAUGAGUGACCUUACGUCCAUAUUUAAUAGUGCAAGUACUUUGUUUACGAUGGAUAUUUGGCCUCAAAUUAGAAAGAAAGCUACUGUAAAAGAAUUAAUGAUAGUUGGGAGGGUAUUUGUAAUUAUCAUGAUUGGAGUCAGUAUUGUAUGGAUUCCAGUCAUUCAAGCAAUGCAAGGAGGUCAAUUAUUCAUAUAUAUACAAGCCAUUUCAGCAUAUUUAGCCCCGCCUAUAGCUGCUGUUUAUGUCUUUGCUAUUUUAUGGAAGAGAAUGAAUGAAAAGGCUGCAUUUUGGGCAUUAUUGUUGGGAUUUAUGGUAGGAGUUACUCGGAUGAUAUUGGAUUUUGUUUAUCCUGAACCUCCCUGCGGAAAACCAGAAACUCGUCCAUUUAUAUUAUAUAAAGUACAUUAUAUGUACUUUGCAAUGCUUUUAUUUUGGUUAACAGGUAUUAUUUCAAUGGUCAUAAGUUAUAUGUCUGAACCACCAGAAUCAUUCAGACUAAUAAGAACAACAUUUUGGACAAGAUAUAAUACGCAAGAUCGUUUUGAUGAUAAAGAAAAUAUGGAAAUGAAAAGAGCUGAAGAACUAAAACAUAAAAUAGCCGAUGAAAGCAAAGAAGAAAAAGAAUAUCCAAAGGAAAGAAUAUCAAAACUGAAAAGAUUUUAUAAUUGGUUUUGUGGGUACAACACAUCUCCAGAAGGAGAAAAAUCUGAAGAAGAAUUUUAUGAGCAUCUCUCAAAUAUUGCAUCCUUAAAGCAGGAAAGACAUGAAAAAGUCAUUCUGUAUAUAUUUCUUCUAUUUGUGCUUUCGACAGCAAUAGUAAUGUUUUUAUAUUUUUCAAUACCAUAGUUAUUUAUUGCCAAGAAUAUAGUAUCAGAUUUUCUAGUUUCACAUAGAUAAUUAAAUAAUUUAAGAUAUUCUUUAUUUUUCAUAUGUAAAAAUUACAUAUCUCAUUGCUUUUUUUCAUUCCAUUUAAUAUAACAUGCAAUUAUAUGUUGUAUACAGUUCAUUCAACUUUCAAAAAUCCAGACAUCUUAUGGAGUAAUUGCUUGCAUAGAUGUAAAAUAAUUUAUCCAUUCAGAUUAGUAGUUUUAUUUAUUCCAUAGAACAACAAGUUAUACAUAAACAAGUUUAAUAACAACAGUUAACUAAUUAUAGCAAAGGUGUUCAAUUAUAUGUAUAAUAUAUAUAAUUUUUAACAUAACCUUAAACUGAAUGUAUUGAAUAGGAUAUUUGUGAUAAUUUUCUGAAAUAUGUGAUUGUGAUUGCCAUUACAGGAGUUGAUGUUGGAAGUUUUGGUAGUUUGGAUUAUUGAGAGUCCAAAUUUUAGAGAAUUGCAUCUAUAUAAUAUAUUUUAUUAUUGAAUAAUAAUCAAUAUUUUGUGUUUGUGAUUAGAUCAUUUAUUAAUUAUUGAUUUCAAUUAUAUACUGGUAUAUGUAUAUUUUGUUUGUAG